AUGGGAUGCGGCUCAAGCAAAAUUCAAAAAGAUGGUGAUGCCCUCGAUACAACAUUCGAUAAGCCCCGGCCAGCGGUUCGUCCGCCAUCCCAAAGCGCGCGAUCCCAAGGAAGACCUGUCUCCGGAACUGGGGGUGGAAGACGAACAGUAGCCCCAUCCCAAGCGGCUUCGAAAGCACCCUCAAGAACUCAGUCUAGAACACAGUCGAGGAAUCAAUCGAGGACCCAGUCCAGAACCCAUUCGAGAUCCCAAUCUUAUGCUGGAUCGAAAGUGCCGUCGCGACGAGGCACACAAGCACACAAGCGUCGCUCAACAGCCCUGGGAACUAUCCCUGACGAGCAGCCACCAGAAGAUAGCACGAUCCGGGAUGAGGUCACGGCGUUCAGAUUAUUUAUCGAUCAACACUCGAUUAACUUCUAUCGCACUCAGCGGGACGAUAGCGGGGCAUUGAUUUCUAGAUAUAUCGCACGUACCAUUAUUAGCAAUGUUAUUGAAAAGCACAUGAACGAUCACAGAGUUGCGGAGAAUCUUGCAGGCGCACUCGUGAAGUACGCUAAUGAUCCCACUGACAAAAGACGAGACGAUCACCUUCUCAUUUUGUGUAAAACAGCGAGGAUGAUAGGGGAUAUGAUGGGCAGGCAUCCUGCAAACUGGACCUUCAGUUGGCACGGAGGGAGUGAUAUUCAGUUCCCAACUGUAAUGAGAGGUCGAGAAGAGUUUUUGGAGGCAAGCUACUGA